AUCUAGUAAUAUUAACCAAAAUGAUUAAAGUUAUUUUGGACACUAUACAAGCUGUGCUUCUUGCCUUCUUCCCAGCAGAUACACAUCCUAAUUCCUAAAUCCAAACUCAAUUUCCCGCUUUUUCCUCUUUAGCACAACGCGCCGCGACACUUCUUCACUUCACAGUUCACUCCUCUUCUUUUAUUCCUCUCAUUCCCCCUUUUCAAACAACAAGUGAAGCGACUGCGAAAGCUUCACACGCUGCAAGAUGUCGAAGCCAAAGCCAUUCCACGGCGCGAACGUCUUCAUGUCGCGGAACUUGGUGCCGCCGGAAGUCUUCGACGCGCUUCACGACGCCGUCAAAAACAACGGUGCCGAAAUCCACCUCUGCUGCGACCCUUCCCGCAACGGCGCCUCCGAUUACCACAUCAUUUCCUGCAGCAAACAUGAGAAGUUCGAUGAUCUUAAAUCCAAGGGCUGUAAAUUGCUAGGUCCUAGAUGUGUUCUUUCUUGUGCUAGAGAACAAAGGCCACUGCCUAAAAAGGGCUUCACUUGUUGCCUUGCUAUGGAAGGAGUCAAACUACUUGCCUCUGGCUUUGAUGCCGACGAAAAGGUUAAGAUAGAAGAGUUAGUGACUGAAAUGGGGGGAAUUCUACACACAAAAGCGUCACUGGAUUUGAACUUUAUCAUUGUGAAAAAUGUUUUAGCUGCAAAGUACAAGUGGGCUUUGAAUAUCCUGAAGAAGCCAAUAGUUACUUAUGAAUGGUUAAAGCAAUGCUCAGAUGAGCAUCGUGUUGUUCCUCAAGAGUCAUACAAGGUCCUUCCUUUCUCCGGGUUAAGGAUUUGUGUAACUGGAAUCCCAGCAGAUAAGCGCAAAGAGAUGGAAAAGCUUAUUUUACAAAAUGGUGGAAAAUACUCUGCGGAACUGACAAAGAAUUGCACACAUUUGAUUUCUAAUGCUCCUGAAGGCGACAAAUAUAAGGUGGCUAAACGUUGGGGCCACAUCUGUAUAGUGACUAGUAAAUGGUUCGAUCAAUCUAUUGCUCGAAGAGCAUGUCUAAAUGAGGAGUCUUACCCUGUUCAAAGUGGGUCUAUAUCUUCACUUAAAGUAACUAGGGACUUCACAGUGCAACAUAGCCAAGAGAGGGAUUUUGGGAACUCACAAUCUGUGGCAACCUCAAGAGCUAUGGAUUCAAAUAUGCCAGUCUUUUCUGGUGCUGAGUCUAUGGAUCUAGAAGCUAAACAGUCAGAACAUAUGUCCUCUUCUUUAAAUGCUCCUUUAUUUGUUAAAGAGGCAGAUCCUGAAGCACCUCCAUUACAUACCAGUAAUGAAUUGAACUUUGAUGGUGCUGUUGCGAAUGAUUCUGAAUCUGAUGAUAAUGACCUGUACUUAUCAGACUGCAGAAUAUUACUUGUUGGUUUUGAAGCUUCUGAAAUGCGGAAAUUAGUUAAUAUGGUGCGUAAAGGUGGAGGAUCCCGAUAUAUGUCUUUUAAUGACAAGCUGACACACAUAGUUGUUGGGAAUCCUACUGAAAUGGAAAAGAAGGAUGUAAGGAGCCUUGCUGCUUUGGGUGUCAUUCAUGUUGUUAAAACCUCAUGGCUUGAAGAUUGUGACCGUGAAAAGAAGGAGGUCACUGUUCUUCAGAGACACAUCGCAAAUGAUACACUUCUUCCCAAAGCUAGCACAGCAAAAGGAGCAGUAACACGGAUCACGUCCAUUAAUCAAGGUAAAAGCUCUGGCUUUCAUCAAAGCUUGCAGACUGAUCAGGUAGUGAAUAUUAUGGAAUCUAGAGUAGUAGUGCCAGAAUGUUCAAAGAAAAGCAAAGAAGAGAAACCAGAUAUGGGUAUAAGUGCUCUCACAUCAAGUAAAGCAAAGGGCAAAACUAUGUCGCAAAAUCAACCUCCUGAUAAUAAAUUGAAGGUACAAAAGAUGACGCAACACGACUCUAGUGUUCUACACGUGAAGACAACAAAUGUUUUCAGAGGGAAAACAUUUUGUUUCUCAAAUCUAUUUCCUGAAGAAAGGAGAGCUGAGGUUAUUCAAUGGAUAAGUCAAGGGGGAGGAGAGAUAAUAAGUGAGAAAACAAGAAAGAGUGUCCACUAUACUAUUGAGUGUCAUGGUGUAACACCCAGGUUGAAAGGUGAUCAUGAAGGUUGCUAUAUUUCCAGUCACUGGAUACGAUCUUGUUUGGAGGAUGGAUCCUUGCUGGAUGUUGAUAGUCACAUUCUUUAUUCUCCACUUCCCUGCUGUGUUCCGUUGCCUGGGUUUGAAAGCUUCCGAUUUUGUGUUUCACAAUAUGAGGAGAAAGACAGAAUUCUUCUUAGGAACUUGUGUUUUGUUCUAGGAGCUAAAUUUGUGGAGAAGUUGACUAAGAAGGUCACCCAUUUAUUAUGUAAAUUCACCAAUGGGCCCAAGUACGACGCUGCUUGUAAGUGGGGGAUCCGAUCAGUUACAUCUGAAUGGAUAUUUGAAUGUGUGAAACAGAAUAGAGUUGUUGCCAUCGACCAAUUUUUACCCAAGGAAGUCACUGCUCAAGACCAAGAGGCAGGAGUUUGCACUGUGAGUCAAUUUCCUACCCAGGCUGUUCGAAUGAUAAGUGACAUGCCCUCCCAGUUUCCAAGUCAGUCUCAAAGUUUGGGAAGUGCAGCGAGUAAAAAUGUAUUUUGUGAAGUUGGGAAUCAUGGGGCUGAUUAUACAGCAUCAAGUACUUCUAGCAAAAGGGCUAGGCAUGAUAAGGUGCCUUCUGCUAUAAAUUCAGGUACUCAUGUCAAUGACAUGAACAAUACUGAAGAAAAUUUGGUUAAAGAUGCAGGGGAGAUUUCUCAUGCUGUUCCUGAUGUUGCUUCUGCAAUUGAGGACUUGUUAGAGCAGACAAGUAAGAUACAUGAUCAGAGGCCUCCAGAGAGUACUGGGUGUGAACGAAGUAUAUACUCAUCUGAUUGUCCAGUCCUUGGUGAAGACAAUUCAAAUCCUCAUACUACCUUUGGGUUAUCUAAACACUCGCUAAACAGAAGUUUCAGAAAAGAUGACAAGGGUGAGGCAUCUGAAGACAGAAGAAGAGCAGGAAUAUAUGAUGGCUUUAGUGAAACACAAACAGACUCUCAGGUUGUUAGUUAUGAAGAAGAUUUGUCAGGAAGGCAAAUGCUUAUAGAGAGAGUCCGAAUUCGAAGUAGCAUGCCCUCAAGUACCAUGAAGGAAGAUUUCAGUUGAGCAGUUUCCUUAUUUGAUCAUGAUGGUAUAGCUGAGCUUACAAGCUAAGGCAUAAGAAUCUGCCAUGCUUCAUAAUCAGCAUAUGAUAAAAAUAAAUUCAAUUCUAUUUGUUAUACCUAUAUGUUUGAAGUUUUUGUUUUUGAUUUGAGAAGCGGCACUCCUAGUUCUCUAGAAUUAGUUUGAAAAGUGUAAAGAAAAUGGCAGGGGUGUUGUGUUUCAAGUGAUUAUUUUUGUAACUAGCAAAUAGAAACUAGAGCCAGGGAAAAAGAAAAGAGUGGUUAUUGAAUCACGCCUACCUAGUGCCAAUCUAACGGAUUGUCAAGUAACUUAAGAACAGCUCUCUUUGUUGUUGUUAUUUUAGUGAGCCAAGUUUCAUGAA